CAGACCCGCUAGCCAUAGCCAUAGGUUUCCUCCCGUCCGCCUCGCUCGACGGCGCCGCCACCGCCGCCGCCGAUUUCUUGCUCCGGCAUGUCGGCCCCAGCUGUUCGCUCUCCCCCGUGGGAGGAGGGUCACACUUCGGCUCGUAUCAGGUCCUUCGGUUCUCCCCCUAACGGGACGGCCGCCGAGAGGCUCACCGACGACCUCAUCGUGGAGAUCCUCUCGCGCGUCCCCGCCAAAUCGCUCUGCCGCUUCAAGUGCGUCUCCAACCACUGGCUGAGCCUGAUCGACCAUCCCGAUCACCGCAAAAAGCUCCCACAAACCCUGGCCGGCUUCUUCUACACCAGCACUGACUUUGAGCGCUUCCAGAAAUCAGCACACCAUCUCGCCAAUGUCUCGGGGAGAAGCUGCCCUCCCAUAGACACCUCUUUCUCCUUCCUGCCCAACCACCGGCGUGUCGAUCUAUUGGACUGCUGCAGCGGCCUCCUCCUCUGCGCUCGUACGCUGCCGGGGGUGACGAGUGCCGUUAUAUUGUGUGCAAUCCUGCGAGGGAGGAGUGGGUCAUGCUGCCGGAAACCAGCAAUGCAGGCAUGGUGGUGGGCUCAGUAUGUCUCGGUUUCGAUCCGGCCGUGUCUUCCCACUUCCAUGUAUUUGUGUUGCUGAAGGUGUUGAUGGAUCAUGAUGUCACCAGAGUGGAUGUGUAUUCAUCGGAAACCGGGGUCUGGGUUCGUAAAGAAAAGAGAUGGAAGGAGAAUAUUUGGCUUCUUAGUCCUCAGUACACGUCUGCUGUUUUCCUCAACGACUGUAUGCAUUUUCACGCCUAUGGCAGUAGGUCAUGUCAUUGUCUAGCUGUGGUUGAAACGGAGAGGGAAACAUGGAUGACCUUCCGUGUCCCGCAUGAUGUGUACAGUACUGGUUUUCUUCAGCAGUCACAUGGCUGCUUGCAUUAUUCCAGUUUUCAGAUAAGUGCAGAUCAUGCUAAGGUUCAACUAAUGGUUUAUGCUCUUGAGGAUUAUGACAACAAAGAGUGGAUGUUGAAGCAUAGUGUGGAAACCUCACACAUAUCUGGAGGGACAAUCCUUAAUAGUUACCUCUGGAUGGCGAUUCAUACGGAGUGUGACUUGAUCUUCUUCACCACGGGAAGGGGAAGAGAUACCAAUUUCAUGUGCUAUAAUAUGAAUAGUCGACAAGUCAAAGUGAUAUCCAGUCUUGAGUAUGGUGAUCGGCCAUAUCUGCCGUACGUGCCUUUCUAUGCAGAGUUACAAUCAUUGCACACAUGAUGUCAAUAAGAGAUUGGGGGUUCCUGUAUAAGAAGUGUGAAUCAGUAGUCAAGUAUUCGUACUAUGGAGCAGUUGGCUUAUGGUAUCUGCUCUAGUUUGAUUCUCAUUUUCUUUAAAUGAUGAUGUCUUCAUCCUUUGAAGUUUGGAGCAAUGGUGGUUCAGUAUGGCAGUUUUCUUAUUUCUCUGAGAUUAGUUCUUGUAGUGUUCAAGGCGGGGAAAAUCUGUGAUUAUGCUGUUAAAGGCAUGAUAAAUGAUUAUCAUGCAGCUUACACUGAUGAUAUCAUCAAUGUUUAGUUGGGGCAACUAUAUGCAUCUCAUUGACGGAGACCAAGUAAAUGACCAACUAUGAACUAUAUACUUUGGAUGAUUGCAUUCAUACACUGUCACCCGGCCCUUUUGAUGCUAAUUCAUCGUGGCUUGUUUAAAUAGAAAAUGGUGCUGGCAUCAGUACAUCUGUGCUUGGAUGAAAAUAUCCAUUCUUUCACAUACUUAC